AUGAUGCAGGCUUGCUACUCCGUUUCGGACCCCAAUGCUUUAGGAGUGAUGCCAUAUUUAAGCGAGCAGAACUACUACCGGAUGGCAGGGAUGUACGGCGGGAUGGGCAACCCUAUGAGCGUGUACCCGGGCCCCGCCGAGCAGUGCGCGGCGGGCAUGGGGCGCUCCUACGGCCCCUACCAGCCCACCGCCCCCAAGGACCUGGUGAAGCCGCCCUACAGCUACAUCGCCCUCAUCACCAUGGCCAUCCAGAACGCCCCCGACAAGAAGAUCACGCUCAAUGGGAUUUACCAGUUCAUCAUGGACCGCUUCCACUUCUACCACGACAACAAGCAGGGCUGGCAGAACAGCAUCCGCCACAAUCUCUCCCUCAACGAGUGCUUCGUCAAGGUACCCCGCGACGACAAAAAGCCGGGUAAGGGCAGCUACUGGACCCUGGACCCCGACUCCUACAACAUGUUCGAAAACGGCAGCUUUCUGCGCCGCCGGAGACGCUUCAAGAAGGAUGUCUCCAAAGAGAAGGAGGAGGCCCGGGAACGGCUGUUGAAGGAGCAGUCCAAGCCCUCCGGACUGCCUGGCGCCGACCUCCCGAAGGAAGCUUUCUCCUCUUUCUCCUCCUCCGUCUCGGCGCCGGCUUCCGAGAAGAAGGUGGUGAUCAAGAGCGAGACGGCGUCUCCCAAGCUGCUGGUGAUCACCAAGGUGGAGACGCUGAGCCCGGCCAGCGGCGGGGCGCCCCGGGACAGUCCCCACAGCGCCGAUUCGCCCCCCGCCGCCGCCUCCCCCGGGGCCGCGCUGCCCGAGCACCACUCCGCUGGCACCGGGCUGCCGGGCUUCACCAUGGAGAGCAUCAUGACCCUGAGGACUUCCCCCGCGGGGGACCUCGGCCCAGUGAGUGCCGCCCCGGGCCGGACGGGCACUGCUCUGCCGCUGGGCUACCCACCGGGGCAGCCGUCGGGGUACGGCGCAGCGUGCAGCCAGGCCGCGGACACUAGUGGGAGCUACCACUGCAGUGUGCGCGCCAUGAGCCUCUACAACGGCGAGAGGCCGGGACACAUGUGUGUGCCCCCCGCAGCGCUGGAGGACGGCCUGGCUGAGCACCCCCCGGGCGCCUCGUCGCCCCUCGGCCUGCCGGCGGGGCAAGAAGGGGCGCUAGGGGCCGGGCACCCCUACGGCUGCGGCGACGGCGGGGCGGCGGGAGGGGGGCAGCCCCCCGCCUCCUGGUACCUCAACUAUGGGGCUGAGCUGAGCCACCUGCCCGGGCACACGUUCGACUCCCAGCAGCAGAUUUUUCCCAACGUCCGGGAAACGUUCACGUCGCACCGGCUGGGGAUGGAGAGCGCCUCGCUCAGCGACCACCAGGUGAGCAGCAACUCCGCCUGUCAGAUCCCCUACAGAUCUGCACCCUCCCUCUACCGCCACGCCGCCCUCUACUCCUACGACUGCACUAAGUAG